GUAGGUUAUUUGAUCAUUUUAUAGAAAAUGUACUUAUUAAUUUCGUCUGAACUUCAUCAUAUGAUCAGGUUGUCCAUACUACAACAGAUCUAGAGAGAGAGAGAGAGAGAGAGAGAGAGAGAGAGAGAGAGAGAGAGAGAGAGAGGAGAGUUGUGUGUGUGUGUGUGUUUUGCUUCUUUAUCUUGGGCAAAGUGGAACCAUGGGUAGGGGAAAGAUUAUGAUCAAAAGGAUCGAAAAUGAUACGGCUCGACAGGUGACCUUCUGCAAGAGGAGGGGUGGGCUUCUCAAGAAAGCUUGUGAGCUUUCGGUUAUGUGCGAUGCUGAAAUCGCUUUGAUUGUCUUCUCCCCACGUGGACGCGUCUAUGAGUUUGCCAAUAACGACAUAAAAUCAACUAUAGAGAAGUACAAGAGGAUAAAAUCCGAUGAAUCAAACACCAAUUUCACACCUCAAGAGAUUAAUGCUCAAUAUUACCAGGAGGAGGCGAAGAAGCUUCGCCAACAGAUAAAAAUCCGCCAGAAUUCUAACAGGCACCUUAAGGGUGAAGGAUUGGAUUCUUUGAACAUUAACGAGCUGAAGAAACUAGAGACAAAACUUGAGAGAGCAAUAUCAAGGAUCAGAUCAAAGAAGCAUGACAUGAUACUUGAAGAAACUGAAUCCCUACAGAACAGGGAGCUUGUGCUUGAACACACCAACACAAUCCUUCGCUCCAAGAUUGCUGAGAAUGAGAAGGUGCAGCAGCAUUUGGUGGAUCAAACUAAUGAAGGGUACCGUGUAAUAGAAGCAUACCUUGCUAGGAGCGCCCUUCAACUUAAUAUAGGAGGGCCUUUGGAGGAUACCCCCACACCAGCACCGGCACCUGCACCUUAUUCCCCCUAUCCCAACAAGUCUCUUCACAUCUGGUGAACAAAGCGGUACUCGAGUAAAGUUUACUUCUAUGUAGGACGUUUGGAAGAAGCACUUCGUGAAGUUUGGUUUUGUGUGGUUUUAAUUUAAAACGUACCCUAAUUAAGUAUGAAAACUUAAUGUAAUGAUAUGGUCAAGACUAUCAACUAUGACAACUAUAUAUGAUUGUUAUUUAUGAA